UCAGAGCAGGCAGUCAGACCUACCGCCAGUUGGACGGUCACCGCCAUCGAGAAAAAAGAUGUGGUCAGCAGCAGCAGCGACAUUGAGCAGAAUGCUGGGUAGAGCAUGCGGGAAGUGUGAAGAGUGUCCGGCUCUACUGAGAUUGCCUGCGUAGAGGCUGGACUCUGAGUGUCAUUUACUCGAGGCAUCCGAAACAGGAGUUGAUUGGGCCAUGUCAACUUGCGCAAGUCGUUGUUUCAGCGUUGAGCAUUGCACGUUGCUGCUUGUCGCCUUCAACCUGGCGCCAGGUUGUGAAGAAAGGGGAUACAUCGUGCCGUGGCUCGAUUGCCACUGUCUAGCGACAGCGAUAGGAGAGCUGACCUUGUAUUUCUGGAGUUCAAAUUCAUGUCUGGAUGUAGUCAGGUGGACCACGGCGUGCGUAUUGGUUGAAAACGUGACGGGUAUCACAAUUUCGACGGAGCGUGCACUGGGCUCGAGUGUGAUAACAACCGUCAACGAGGGGGCCUGUAGCAUAGCAACAUGAGACAUGCUGCUGACGAGCCGGAAAGGUUGUCUUCUAGAGUCGAAUCAAUCUAUGACUUU